AUGAAAUUCUCUCGGGCGUCCCUGCUCGCGGCUUGCGUGCCCGCCGUCUCGGCCCGCUACAUCGAACGGGCCGAGGUAAACAGCGUCAACCUCGAGCCCGGCGAGGAACGGUUCCUCGUCGAGACGGCGCCGGGCAAGACGCAAUGGAUCACCGAGGAUGAAAAGUGGGAGAUGCGGAGGAAUGGCCAGAACUUCAUGGACAUUACCGAAACGCGCGAGCUCGGCACCCAGCACUUUGCCAGCCAGGCGUCGGUCACGUACCCCAGCAAAUGCGUCCACAAGGACGCCGUCGGCAAGCUCGCCCAUAGUCUCGACAAGACGCAGAUGAAGGCCAACCUCGAGAAGCUCUCGGGCUUCCACACUCGCUACUUCAAGUCCGACUACGGCCUGCAGUCGUCCGACUGGAUCCUCGCCAAGGUGAACGAGAUGAUCAAGGAGGCCGGCGCCGACAAGACGGUCCACGCCAAGUCCUUCCCCCACACGUGGAAGCAGCACUCGGUCAUCGCCACCAUCCCGGGCCGCGGAAACGACACCAUCGUCAUCGGCGCCCACCAGGACUCCAUCAACCUCUGGAUGCCCUCGGUCCUCGCCGCUCCCGGCGCCGACGACGACGGCAGCGGCACCGUCACCAUCAUGGACGUCUUCCGCACCCUGCUCAAGUCCAAGGACCUCGUCGACGGCCAGGCCCCCAACACCAUCGAGUUUCACUGGUACAGCGCCGAGGAGGGCGGCUUGCUCGGGAGCCAGGCCAUCUUCCAGUCGUACGAGAAGAGCAGGCGCAAGGUCAAGGCCAUGCUGCAGCAGGACAUGACGGGCUACAUCCAGACGACGCUGGACAAGGGCCUCCCCGAGAGCGUCGGCGUCAUCGUCGACUAUGUCAACCCCGCCCUGACCAAGUUCAUCAAGACCGUCAUCGAGGAGUACUGCACCAUCCCCUGGGUCGAAACAAAGUGCGGCUACGCCUGCUCCGACCACGCGUCCGCCUCCAAGGCCGGCUUCCCCGCCGCCUUUGUCAUCGAAUCCGCCUUUGGGGACUCGAACAAGCACAUUCACACCGCCGAAGACCUCAUCAAGUACCUGUCGUUUGACCACAUGCUCCAGCACGCUCGCAUGACCCUUGGCCUGGUCUACGAGCUGGCCUUUCACAAGUUUGACGACACAACCCUGCAGUUGCCAGGCGAUCUCUAG